UUUGGAGUUGGAUUUCUGGAUGAAAUGAAAAGAAAGAACAAAUGCACCAAUGUUGUCCUUCACCCAUUUUAUUGCCAGGGUCAUGUCUUUCAAUCCAUAAUUACCUUGCGCAUAUUUAUCUCCAGUGUUUAAAAAUCCUAACGCUCCCAAUCGAUAAUUGAUUGUGACGACGAUAACACCUUCUUCCAUUAAAUAUUUAGGACCGU